AUGUCACGUUUCCAGGGAAAAGUUGUUAUAGUAACAGGUUCUUCGUCUGGAAUUGGCGCUGCUGCAGCUCUGCUCUUUGCCAAAGAAGGUGCUUUUGUCACGAUCACAGGAAGGAACGAGGAUAGACUUGAGGUGGGCUGUAGAAGCGAAUUAUCUAUUUAUGGUGAUGAUAUCAAUCUUUUGCAUUUAUGUCCUCCUGAAGAAGCUCUAUAA